AUGACAUUGAGCGGAUUAUCCUUCACACUGUGUUCGGUAUUCUUUUCCCGAUGGAUUAUCGCAUCGGUCGUUCUUCUCCUCACCUGCCCCGGCCAUGUUAUGACACAACAUAUGGUGAACUAUCGAAUCUCAGAAGAACUACCUCGGGGCACCUUGAUUGGCUCCCUGGCCACUCAUCUGCCCCUCCCGCUCAAAACCAAAUUACCCCAACUACGAUUUCGUAGUAUCCAGAGUGAGCAUGCACAAUACUUUCAUGUGAAUAUAAGUACCGGUGAAUUACGCGUGCGAAUGCGCCUGGAUCGGGAAACUAUUUGUCCCAUCUUGAUCGAAGGUGUUUCUCCGACGGAACUGCUUCGUCGCGCGUCAAUCUCUCAGGACACCGUAUGCCAGCUGAGUUUUCGAGUGAACAUUCUGCGUGUCACCCAGUCCGGAGUGGAGAUCAAAAACCUCAUUCGUGUGGUUAUAACACUUGACGAUGUGGAUGAUAAUCGAUGUCAAUUUAUUCCCUCGAAUAAUCAGGAAUUAUAUAUCCCCGAGAAUGUCAAUGGUACAACAUACGAUUUGCAUUUACCGGUGGACCUGGAUACAGAACCUCGAAAUAACAUUAAUAAAACUUCGAUUAGCCUUCACACACAUUCGAAUGGUACCAUCAAGCAUCCGUUUGGCUUGAGCAUUGACAAAACAGAAUCCGUUAUAGCUCCAUAUCAAAUUAAACUGGUAGUUCUCGAACCCAUGGAUUACGAACAAGUACGUCAAUACAAAAUGAUUGUCUAUGUUAGUGGUUCGACCGUCAACAGUGAAUGCCGUUUGGACUUGAUCGUCCACGUGUUAGACACCAAUGAUCAUGCGCCUGUGUUUGUCCGAAAGACGGACCGCCUCUCCUUGUCCGAGAAUACCACCAUCGGUCAGCCAUUCUAUACGGUCAAAGCUAUUGAUGACGAUGUCGGACCGGUCUAUGGUGCAUUGCGCUUCUUGUUGAGCCCGUCGAAUUCACCGCAAUUGCACUUGACAUUCGCCAUUCACGAACGAAAUGGUUCGGUCUAUUUGAAACGCGCGCUGAACUACGGUCAACAAUCCAGUUAUAAGCUCUCAUUACGCGUCCAGAACCCCGAGGAGACUGGCUCCGCUUUUCUUGGUUCGAAUCGAAUGUACACCUCGAGCAGUUCCAGCCUUGAUGUGCGGGCGAUGAAUUUGGGCAAAUCGGACAAUUUAAUGGACGAGAUGGAUCUGUAUAUUGAUGUGAUUGAUGUGAAUGAUCACUGGCCAGAAAUAGUGAUUUACGCGCUGAACGGCAGUCGUCAGAUCACUCUGGCUGAGCACAUCGAAUCCAUUCCGGCCGACUUCGCUGUUGUCAGUGUCACNAAAUGGUUUGAACUGACACGAAUAGAUCAAAAUCCUCUGGUUACCGUCACAGCGGCCUCUGAAAAUCAGACCACUAGUGACACGAACGGAAACCGGGGGGCAUUAUACAAAUUAGCUGCUCUACGAUCAUUUGAUCGGGAAGUGGAGACCAUUGUGAAUUUUCGCGUAGUGUGUGAAGACCAUGGGAAUCCACGGCUUACUUCAAACAUGACAGGGAUUUUGUGGAUUCUCGAUUUGAAUGAUCACAGUCCUGAGUUUCCCGUGACCACUGUACACAUGCAAGUUAACGAAGAUUCGGAUCCGACUAGACAUUUGAAUGAUUUUGUCAUUGGGCAAAUAAAUGCCACAGACAAGGAUAGUGGUGAGAAUGCAAAAUUACGCUAUUCAUUAGUGGAACCGGAGCUCCAGCAUCUAAUUACUAUCGAUCCCAUAAAUGGACUGAUGCGAUCAAAAGGUUUGUUGGAUUUUGAAACGAAUCAAACUAUCUUAUUCACCGUUGCGGCCACAGACAUGGGCAACCCACCAAGAACGGCAAGUUGUCGUGUUCAUCUGAAAGUUCUCGACUAUAAUGACCAUGCACCGGAAUUCGAACAGUCUGAUUAUGACUUUUCAGUUCAGGAAAAUUUGCCACAAGGUUUCCCCAUUGGAUCGAUACAAGUAUGUGAUCGUGAUGUGGGCAUCAAUGCGGUGAUGAAUUUUCGGCUGAGCCAGAUGGAAACACCAGAAAUGUUGUUUACUCACACGUCAGCCAGCCAGCUGUACCCCCCUCGAACCCAAAUCCCGUUUCGGUUAAGCUCACAGUAUGCCAGUCAUUCAGAAUGUUAUAAAGUGGUCCUCUUGACUUCCAGUCCGCUGAAUCGCGAAGCAAAUCUGGAACUGGCAAAUCGAUCACAAAAUGAUCACGUCUACCUCUCUCGACCGUACCAGUUUUACGUAAUCGCAGAAGAUCGAGGCAGUCCGGCCCUGACCGCACGUGCCCGAAUCCAAAUACGCGUGACGGAUGUGAAUGAUGAAGCACCGGUGUUUGUGGAACCGUCCAUUUUGCAUCGAUCCAUGCUCGUUACAGUUUACCAACCGAUAGAUGUGGAAAUAUUUCGGGUAAGUCCAGGGAAAACAAAAUGA